CGCAUCCUCGACCGUGACUGCCACGGGUCUAGAUCGGGCGGACAUCUUGAAUUUGCACUUGGUUGGCCUGACAUACAGAAUCUUGAGAGUAUGCGGGACUUGUUGGUAGAGAUAAAGGAGGACGGCGUUGAUGGGAAACUGGUACGAAAAUGACUUGACUCUGGUACUGACUGACUUUUGUCCAGGAUUUCGGGUGGGUCCUGUCUUUCGACGGCCCGACAGCGCUCUCGGCGGCGUUAUACUAAAUCACUUGAACCUUUCCCAACAUCAUUUCCUAACCUUAUAUACGUCUCACGUCUGCGUGAACUAUAACCUUCAGAAACGGUGUUAUGGUCGACUUCACUGUCGUACAUGUCUGUUGGGAGAUCAGGCAAGCCACCUAACCUUCUUGCACAGCCUGUAUCGAAGGCCUUCAGCCUCGACCAAGCCAAACACAGCUUGACCCAGCACAGGCACUAAAUUUGAUGGGCGUCGUUUCUGCCACGGGCCGAUGCCUGCAGUAAUCUCUUUCUCAUACUGAUAUAUUGAAGCAAGGAGGAGUCAUAUCCUCGGCUGACGACUUCUGGCUCUUUACGACUUGACUAGGUUUCUCCUUAGUACCACCCAACCAGCGCCCGAGACAUAAGUAUCGACGUUACACCACCGCCUAACUCAUCAUAUAUCAUAUCUCAUCUCAGGCCAUGCAGACCAGCACAAUGCCAUCCCUAGGCUCAACCACCCUCCUCCGCGGCUUCAAGGUCUCAGUCGCCACCCUGGACGCUUUCCUCGCUGCCAACGGCGUCGACGAGACCUACGGUGACCCUCCGUUCUACAAGGACCACCCACAUAACGACGCCGUCUCGAAGCUCCUCUACCGCAAGAUCGCCCACGCGGCUGCCAGUGCUGGCGCCGACGCUGACCGCUUCCGUCUCAUCAUCCCGGCCAGGGAGGGCCACAAUAGUUCCACAGUUGCCUAUAUCACCUUCGCCUGGGUCACCGUCUACGCCCACCGUGAGAUCGUCCUGCAAGAUGACCUGCCAACCGACCCACCUCGCGGGUUCGUGCAGCUGAGGGAGGAGAUCCUGUCGUUUGGGAAUAAGGUGGAGGAGGGUGCCACCGCCACCGACGACGGCAGCAAGCUACCCGAUGAAGGGAAUAUGGGGCUGUACAUGGUGUACACCUACGACAUCCAGGGUGAAUACACACCCCAGGAGCUUCGUGACCGAUACGUGGCCCCCCAGUAUUGUGAUCAGUGUGAUGCUGUCUUUAAGGACUGGCAGACCGCCUUUGCUCAGAAGCAGAAGCACCGGAUGGAGGUUCACGGUUAUAAGGGCGGCAUGAACCCGCUUCCAAAUGCCUGAGUCUGCGUGUCGAGGGCGGUUCCCACUUUUCUGAUGAUGGAUGAGUUUGUAGUAGCAUAUGGUCUGUUCAGUAUGUCGCGUGGUGGAAUCCUCAUGGUAGAUUGCAUCCAGCGAAAAUGUAUCCGUAG